GGGCUGGGGUGACGUAGCCGAUGUUACCAGCCGAUUGGACGCGGGACGGCGCCUGCGCAGCGGCCUCCCCACCCUUUCUCCUUCGUCAGCUGGCUUCGACCCGAGGUGGUGACGUCAGUCCCCCGCGCGGAGGCGGGACCGGGCCGCCAUGGUAGAGAACUCGCCGUCGCCGCUGCCCGAGCGCGCGCUCUACGGCUUCGUGCUCUUUCUCGCCGCUCAGUUCGGCUUCAUGCUAUACCUUGUGUGGGCAUAUGUUCCUGAAUCCUGGUUAUUCUCAUUGGGACUAACAUACUGGCCUCAAAAGUAUUGGGCUGUUGCUUUACCGGUAUACCUCCUCGUUACUAUAGGACUUGCUUACAUUCUACUUUUUGGUAUUAACAUGAUGAGCACUGCUCCACUCAACUCAACACAUACCAUUACAGAUAACUAUGCAAAAAAUCAGCAACAGAAGAAAUAUCAAGAAGAAGCAAUUCCUGCACUGAGGGAUAUUCCCAUCAGCGAAGUAAACAGAAUGUUUUUCCUUGGAGAUGGAAGUAACUAAUUAAGCCAAGAUGUAUUUUUUUUUUUUUAAAUAAGUUAUAACCACAAUUAAUUUUUUAAAACAUUUGUAACUGGUCUGUAUUAGGAGAGAGAUUCUUUCAGAAACUAGCAUAUUUCUUUUCUCAUCCAAACAACAUUUAAACAAAUAUUAAACUUGUACAGGAAGUGUGUACAUAAAUCACUGCAUGCAGCAAUUUUUUCAGUAUAGUCUCUUCAUCAGUGACCUCUUACUGUUUGUGAGCAUGGGUAUGUACCCCGACAUUGUGAAAGUCCUGCUGUUGUUGUGCAGCCACUAUCACAGAGCCUUCAUCAUUGCCGUCACCCUUAUAAUCCGACUUUAAUUUUUCAGUCUGUACAGAGGAUGGGGCUGCACAGUGUAUUCAAACAAUGAGAUUGUCUCUUUGGCACACAAGCUGGUACAUAGGUGAAUAUUAAUCACACAGAAACAGCACUUUAAGAUCCUAAAGAAACUGAAACCUUGUAUGCAAAGAGCUGGUCCCAAUACAGAAACCCCUAAUCUCAGUUUUCUGUAGAGCACUUAGGAACAAAGUCAAUAAGAACACCCUCCAUGUCCAUGGACAAAGUUAGGCAGCAUUAUUUUCUGACUGACCCUCAUACAGUGCAGGCAUACAUGUCCUUGUUCAUGCCUUUUGGCUUCAUAAUAGCUCAUCUCAUAGUACUAAUGCUAAAGCCCUAGCAAUUUUCCAUGUCAAGUAUGUAUUUGCUGAUUAAAACCUGUAAGAAAGAAAAUAUUUUGGAAUAAAACCUUGAUGUCUGGAACCAA